GCAGAGGUGCAAAGCACGUUGAUCAGUUGCGGUUAUAGUAUCUUACUGAUUUAAUUGCUAUUUGCCAACAUUAUUGGGAUUUUUUAACAUUUGAUUGCAUAGUCUGCAACUAUGAAGACGGUGUCAGAGGACAAUGUGCUGUCUGUGUUCGGUUUGAGUUUGAACUUAAAAGGAUGUGAUAUUCUUAAGGAAGUUCAAUUUUCCGCAUGCAGCGGGGAUCUAUUGGCUGUGAUGGGGGAAUCGGGUUCCGGAAAGACGACGCUUAUGAACGUAAUCGCCGGACGUCAAGCGUUUACGUCAGGAAAGAUAACGUUGAACGGGGCGCCGUUUGGAAAGCAGCUGAGACGUCGUCUUGGAUUUGUUCUGCAGAAUGACGUCUUCUUCUCCAAUCUAACGCUGUGGGAAACACUAUAUUUCACCGCCAUGAUUCGGCUCCCAGAGCGGCUCAGUCGAGAGGAGAAGCUAAGACGUCUCAACGAGAUUGUCGACAUUCUGGACAUCCGGAAGUGCCUGCAUACAGUGAUGGGUGACAUUUUCACAAGGGGUCUAUCAGGGGGAGAGAAGAAGCGCGCCAGUGUAGCCUGUGAGCUUCUCACCGAUCCCGACAUCCUUCUGCUCGAUGAGCCCACAUCCGGUCUCGACUCCAGCACAUCCCUUAAGCUGGUGAGGCAACUGAAAGACUUUGCCGUGACGUUCAACAAGACCAUCCUGGUAACCAUUCACCAGCCAUCCAGUCAGACAUAUCACCUGUUUGACACAUUGCUGCUACUCACACGCGGAGAGGUUGCUUAUUUCGGAAAAGCGCACGGAUCGCCGUUAGCUUUCCUCAGCAGGUUUGGCUUCAAAUGUGAUCCGCUCUAUAACCCAGCAGAUUUUCUGAUUGAAGUAAUGAAGGAAUCGACAGAAAAGCUUGGAGAAGUGAUUAAAGCGAAUGCAGAGUCCUAUCAAACGUUUAACGCACCACUUAAGAAACUGGAAAUAACUGAAGGCCUUACUAACAAAGCGUUUGUUCCCGACUUAUCAGCUAUCGAAAAAGCAGAUCACGAAGCGAUGCAUGGGAGCCAGGUUCAUCUUCAAUCAAAACGAUUUUCUAGAGAUUGCGCCGUCGAUCUAGAUGAUCUCGGGUUAGAUAUUCAAGAGUCACGUGAUCAAAGAUGGCCGACAGGGUUUGCUACGCAGUUUCGAAUGUUAACAUGGCGGAACUAUAAGCAGUCAAAGAGCCGGAUAUUCGAAUUUCACGACAUGGUGCAUUUCGCAAUCUUGGCCGCAAUAGCUGGAGUUCUCUUUUUCCAGAUUUCUAAGACUGCGGAAGUAUUGAGAGAUCGGAUGGGACUGAUAUUUUUCUGCAUUACUUUCUGGACAUUUGAACCAGCAAUACAGGCGGUCCUUACAUUUCCAAGCGAGCGAGGGUUGAUAACCAAAGAGCGUUCAGCGGGUGCUUACCGCCUCUCUGCCUACUACCUUGCCAGGACCGUUAGCGAGCUGCCUCUUCAGAUCGUGGUGCCAACACUCUUCUACACGUUCGUCUACUGGAUGGCUGGCCUGAAUGACGUCACUGUGUUCUUCAUGACCUUGCCAAUUCUUCUGCUUAGUGUCAUCAGCGCUCAGGGGUUUGGCCUUCUUAUCGGCGCGCUGUAUUCCAACAUGAAAGUCGCUUUGCUUGCUGGUAAUACCUGCAUCUUGACCUGGUUGCUGUUUAGCGGUUUCAUCACACAGACCAUCCCAUGGUGGCUUCGGUGGGCCCGCUACGUAUCCCACAUCCAGUACCCGCUCUCGGCUAUCACAAUCAUCACCUUCCGCGGACUGGAGCCCGUUUCAUGCAACAACACCGCAGUUUCAUCGAUGUCGAAAUGCUCAGAUGAUGUCAACGCCUUCAUCACAGCAGACGACAUUCUUCAUCAUGCUGGGAUUGUACUACCGCUCCAUUGUUAUAUCUCGACACUGGCUAUCGUUUGUAUUGUUGUGAGAAUUGCGGUAUAUAUUAGUCUCCGUGUAAGGCGGUGAUAACGGAGAACACACACAGUAAUUGCGCUUGGGUUCCAGCUCACCCACGAUGGCAGAUUAUAGACAUUGGGAAAGCUCUAGAUGUUCCUUUUACAUUCGUUCAAUAAAACGUUUAUGUUUUCUCUUGAAAUUUUUAAGCCGAGUAAUUUAAAUUGUCUAGGGUAAAAUAUUAGAAGUUCUUUGAAACAUGUUUUUGAAAUUUCUAUGAACCAUGUUUUUGGAGAAGUUUUUUCAUGUUUUGCAGUUUGUUUAUUGUGGCAAGUAAUAAUUGGUUUAGAUUAUCGCGAAUAUGCCAUUUGAGAGAACAUACCUUGCACAAAAGGAGACUUUUGAUGUUGUAUUUUACAUUUGAGGACUGUUCAUGACAGAAAUGAUUACCGGUAGUUCACUCUUCAGUAUUUCAUUUUUUUACUCCUGACGUGUAGACCAAUUAAUAUGUUUAUGUUUACCACAUAAAUAUAAUUUAUUGUGUCGUUUCAUACAUGUUCAUUCCAUUAUUUGCAUUAAAUGUACCGUCUACCUG